AUGACGGAUUCUGAUGACGACGUACCGUGUCUGCCUGCUGACACUAUGGCAAUUUUACAACAGAUUAAUGAAGAACGGUGGAAGCUUGGUGAUGACGUUGAUAUUAUAAAAGAAGAUUGGCAGGCACGCCUCAGCCAAUUCUGGUAUUCCAAAGAAACAGCGCUGCAGCUUUGCCGUGAACUCAGUUAUGCUGCGGGCAGUACUGGACGUAUAGCUUGCAUAUCAUGUCCGACAGUUGUCCAGUAUUUUUUGGAAACGGACGAGAAUGUUUUACGCAAUGCUAAAGUGACAUUGUUUGAAUAUGAUCACCGCUUUGAGAGGAGAUUCCCGCACCAUUAUGUGCCUUAUGACUACAGGCGUCCCAUCUCUGUUCCUCCCUGGUUCGAAGCUGUCUUCGACGUUGUCAUUGCUGAUCCCCCUUUUCUAUCUGUCGAAUGUUUGGAAAAAGUGACACAAACAGUCCGUUUUUUGGGGAAGGUUGAUGCAAAGAUCAUCGUUUGCACAGGAGCUAUCAUGGAAGAGACGGUAACUUACUCACACUGUUAA